AUGAGCCACACCGCUGCUGUUUCGCUAUUGAAUGAAAUCUUAAAAGAAAUAGCAGCACAGAAAAAAGUCACCAACGAUCAGCUGUUAACAUUGCACGGUCUGGUGGGCAAUGUGUUGAUAGAGGCCUUGCACCUAGUCGAUAAUCAAGCAGUGGCCAAGGUGAUAUGUCCCACCCAACGGAUGCUCUAUGAAGUAGGCGACGUAUUAUCUUCCAAGUCUACCACCACUGCCACCUACAUGUGCUUGAUACAGCCUCAUUAUUGUUCCUGCCACGAUUUUUUCCAGUUUGUAGUCUGUAAACAAGCCAUCUUAACGUGUCGACAUUUGCUGGCAACGGUAUUGGCCCAAGCUCUGGAUGCCGUCAAAGAAACGCAAUUAAAUGAUGAAGCGUUUGCAGAAAAGAUGUAUCUAUCCAUGGGAUUCGACAACAAGUAG